CACGGGGUGCGGGCAGAGCCUUGGUUAGCUGUGUUCAGUGAUCCCCUAUGAUCGUGUGUUUGUGUGAGGUCAGGGCGGGUCCCUGGGGGUCUGCAUGAGUCUCGUUCAGCCAGAGCAGGGCUGAAGUUUGGGUUCCUGGGGUUUUCUUUGAAUAUCCUCCGCCUUGGGGCGGUGCCCCAGAUGCACGAGAGAUAACCUGAUGUUAGUCGGGUCAGUUGUGUCUUCUACCUGGCCAGCCUUUGAAUCGGCAGCAAAUCUGGGAAGCGCUGUCCGCGUUGGCAUGGUGGGGGCAGAAAAUCCUCCUUCCCUCUCAUUUAGGAGCGAGGCACAACAACAGGCACAUUAAUAGCCAGAUUGAUGCUGACGUGAAAUGGCAGAAGAGCACAUCGAUGCGUAGCUGGAAAUGUCCAUUCACACAUGCACACUCCUCAACGCUCCAGGCAACCGAGCGCUGCUGCCAUGGUCUUGGGGGCUUUGCACAGAAACUGGAGAUUUUAACUGGGUCUGAUCUCCAGGAGGUGCCCUCGGGGCUCCUGACGGAAGGAGGCUGCCCAGCGUUAGGCUGUGAUCGCUGAGACUUGACAGGGCUGAUCUAUGCAAAACAAUGGAAAGGGAAAGGGUGCUUCAAGAUGCAAGACCAUUACAAAUUCACCUGCCUUGCUCUGGCGCGAUUUGCAGUGCUUCGGAGAGCUCAUCAGGAGGGACCGGGUCCCUCUGCCUGGAUUUCCCCCAUCUUCUCCCCCUCACACACACAGCACACACGCGGGCAGUGCCCAGACGACGUGCAGAAUGGCGAGGAGGGGUUCUCCAGAAGCAGGAGGCUGCGGGCAGUGGCUGUGCCCCGCAUGGAGCGAGGCAGGCUGGCUGCAGGCUCGGCGAGGAGGAAGCAUGGCGGGGAAGCCUCCGGCCAGCUCCGGUGCCUGUGAGCUGCUCCCAGCCCUGGGAGCCUCACCCAAAUGCCUGGUGUCCUCCUCCUGCCCCAUCUGCGUCCUCAUAUACCGCCGGGCUCACAAGAGCACCUCGUGUCUCCCCCUGCCCCGGGCAGAGCCCCGCUGCUGCCAAAAGCUGAGGAUGCCCCAGCCUGCAGAGCUCGGCUGAGCCCCUGGAGCACUGCUGGCCCCAUAGGGGUGGGGAUAGGGGAUUGGAGGGGGGGGCAAUAUUUUGUUUUCCCCAUUAAAACUGCUGACUGGGCCAAGGCGGGAGGGCAGGAGAGCCCUGGGCACCGCUGCCCCACUUCCUGUGCCGCUCUGCCUCCCCGCUUUACAGCCGAUCACAGUUUUAAGAGGAAAAAAACAUGUUUUGAUUCAAGUCACGUGCCGAGCGCCGUGCUCCCCGGUCACAGUGGUUUGUACGGGCGCCUUGGUGCUUUGUUUGGCAGCUGCAAACUUGGGGUCAGUAAUGGGGGGGACGCAGUGCCGCGUGCCGGGGAGCGGGGCCGUGCAGCCACCCCUUGUGCAGUGCCUGCUGUCCUGCUGCCUCUCUGCUGGGGCACAGCGGGGUUCGGCCACGAGCAGCGGCUCCGCGCCCCGAGCACUUCAGGCUGAAGGCAAACCCCGUGCAGUGUUUGCUUUUCUCGCUUUGCUUCAGCUUCACAAAAAAAAAAAAAAAAAAAAAGUGGGUGGGCCAGCUUGAAACAACCCCAAAAACCUGUGACGUUUCACAAAGCAUAUGCUGCCUUGGAGGAGAAGCUGGCUCAUCUGCACUCCAGAAUGCUGUGUUUGUUUUUCUGGCGAGGACACUGCCAGGCCCGACGGUUAGCUCGCGUGGAGCUAAGUUUUAGCGUGCAGAAGUGUGUGAGCUGCAAGAACCGAGUUAGCAAAACAAAGAACAUAUGUGUGCUGUGCGCUUGGCUUGGCGAAAAGCUCAGCUCGGCUGCACUGAGCUCGAGAAGCCAAAAAGCGAGCAGAGGACUGACAACAGUGCCUGCGCCUGGCCCCCGGCUCGGCACGGCACCUCGGUGCGCGCACAGCCUGCUGCCAGGUGGUGCCUGGCUUGGCACGGGCCGCCCGGGCAGAAAACAGUUAAAGGACGUGAGAUAAGGGCCGUAGGAAAAUGUGCAACCAGAAGUUACUGUACCACCAGCUGUUGGGCUCUUUGUAGGCGUUUCUAAAACCUGGUAAUUAUCCAGCAUUACGUGCCUGGGCGAGCGAGGGGGAUUGUCUGGGCAGAGGCAGCCAGCGGCACGCUCCGGCGGCAGCGCAGCCCCGCGCCGCACAAUGGCAGCGGCAGCUGCAGGCAGGGGAAAUGAAGGCCUCCAGCGUUCAGAUAAAGCACAUUCGCUUCAAAAUGACAGGACACGGAAAGGGAGGGAAGGACAUGAAUUAUCAUGGGAAGCGACUCGCAGCCAUGGACGCGGCGCUGAUCGUCCUGUGCUCCCUGCUGGUGCCGGCGGCCAUGGCAGAUGUGGGCACCCAGGAGAAGGAGGAAGACCCCUUUAACUACGAUUACCAAAGCCUGAGGAUCGGCGGGCUGGUGUUUGCCGUGGUCCUGUUCACCGUUGGCAUCCUGCUUAUCCUCAGUGAGCUGGGGAGCAGGGCUCGGGGGAGGGCUGGGGCAGCCGUCGGGAAAGGCCGUGUCCCAGUCCCACUUGGCCACGCUGACGGUGUUUCUCUCCUCUUGCAGGCAGGAGGUGCAGGUGCAGUUUUAACCAGAAGCCCAGAGCUCCGGGGGAUGAAGAGGCUCAGGCUGAGAACUUGAUUGCCUCAAACG